GAAUAUAAAGAUGGAAGGAAGAGACCCAUCGCGAGAGUGUUGUUCAUGAAAUCGCGAAGUUAAGCUUGUGCAUCUACUUUCCUCAGUACUUUCGGUGUGGAGCUUGUCUUCAUUUUUUUUUUGUGGAACGCACUCCAAAAAAGGGAGCCCAAGAUGAAGAAAUUACUAUCGACGGCCCUAAUACUGGUCUUUUUUGCCGCAUUGGUCGCCGCUUUUGGUGGCAGCGAAGACAAGUUCAUCAAAAAGUACGCCAUGAUGAAGAUUUAUGAGAGUUGCUUCGGUUCAGAAGUUGUCAAGCAGAUCAGAAAAGAAAUGAAAGCGGCUUGUGCCAAAUGUGCAUCUUUCGAGACGCCACAGAUGGCCCUGCCCACAGAGAGACCUUUACCUACCAACAUGCCACCUCAAGAAAUGCCCCAUGAGAGUGGUAACACACUGUAUCAGCAACAACCGUUCGAUCAAGAGAAACUUAACCAAGCCAUUUUAGCCUACAGACCGAAUCCGUUUGGUGCACCUCAGUACAGACCUUACUCCCCAGUCUCUGGAUUUUACCCCUUCAACAACCCCAUGUACCAGGCACCUUUCUUAUAUCCUGGCUAUCAGCAACCUGGACAAUUUUCUCCAUAUUCAUUCCCUAUGGUUGGGCAACCUUACCUCGGGAACAACAGAAUUUCGAGGAAUUUGGAUGUCCGAAGUCAAUUGGAAGCUUUAACUUCAAGAAUGAGCGGAAGGGUAAAGAAUGUCACAUGCGUAAUGCAGGAGUUGGGCUAUUUGGAUGAUAACUUGGAGCCAAAUUACCUCAAAAUAAGCGAGAGAAUCAACAAUUUGCCAGUAUCUGAAGAACUGAGAAGGGAUAUGUUGGAUGGCAUUCAGUUUUGCCAAGAAUUUUCGCAAUGCGUCCCAGAAAUAAAGAAAGAAAGGGCUCCUCUGUCCAGAGAACUAAUCAGGCCAAUGUUCUUCUUCAAAUGCUACAAGCACAAGAAACUUGAGGCUUGCGUCAUGAAGGACGUGAGAGAAAAAUAUGCAGGAGUCACUGAUGAAGAUCUAGAUGACGAUGUUGAAAUUCGCAGACAAGCCAAGGACCUGAAAUCAGGACACGAGGAAGACUUGGAUAGUCUUGCUACUGAUAUCUAUGGAUUUUUAUACGGAAGUGAUAGUAGUUUAGAUUUAGACAGUCUCUUGUAGGAUAUAAGUACACGAAUUCUCUUCAUUAUUAGGUGCCAAAUUGCUUUUUAUUGUAACAAUUAUAAUUUAAUUUUCAGAGAUGAUGAUGAUCUCCAAAACUAUUUAUAUUAUGUACUAAGUAUAUAAAGAAUUAUUUGAAUUUUGACUGUAAAAUAUCGACUUCGCAGAUAUUUCACUGUUGAAAUUUGAAUUGGGUGGAAUAUGGAAAUUCAAUAAAGAACUUAAAGCCA